GACUUGAGAUAAAACAUGUAAUUGUUUUAUUCAUUAAGAGAAUAUUAUUGCUGAGUGCUAGUGUUUAACAUGAAUGUUAAAGAUGAUAAUAAUGUGAACAAAAAAUAUAAAAAUGUUCCUCCUGAUGGCGGUUGGGGUUAUAUGAUAGCUUUUGCUGUGAUUAUUCUAAGUUCAACUUCAACUGCAUUUGUGUCAAGCUACGGCCUGUUGUUCAAAGAAUUUCUUCGAGACAUCGGCAGAAGCUCGCAUGAUGUAUCAUUGAUACCCAGUGUAGCCGUCACAUGUACUGCACUUGCAGGUUUCCUGACAAAUCCAUUGCUUUCCUUGAUGAGUCAUCGAAUGCUAACGCUGGUGGCUGUACUGAUAUUUAAUACUGGAGUUGUUUGCAUUAUAUUUGUGAAAUCUGUCUUCACUUUUCACAUUUGCUAUGGAAUUUUACAGGGUCUCGGACUGGGUUUCAUGUAUAACUUAUCCUGCAGUAUUUUGAAUGAUUACUUCGUGAAGAGACCACUCAUGAUCAUUAGCUUAAUUCAAAGCGUUGUCGCAAUCUCAUCAAUGAUGGCACCAUUAUUAAUAAAAUGGUCGUUGGAUAGGUAUGGGUUCCGUGAUACUAUGAUAUUGCUGUCUGGCCUGACUUUACACAAUUUCAUAGCUGUGACUUUAAUGCACCCGGCUAAGUGGCACAUGAAGAAAGUUGAAAUUGAUUGUAGUAAUGAAAAGUUUUUGCCGGAGAAGCAACAGAGCGAAGAUCUGAGCGCUAUUCCAAUUAUAAAACUGACAAACGCAGAUGGCAAUAUUUUGAAUGUUAAUGACAAAUUGUACUUAGCUGAGAACGAUGAUACUGGAAUCAAUUUCAGAAAAAUAAUCAAUUUACUGGUAGACAAGUCGCUGUAUGAAGGAUUUCUACUGUCCUGCGUUUGCGCCGGCCCUGCACUGGCUCUGUUCGCUGAUACUACUUACUCUUCAAUACUAUCACAAGCUUUGAAAACUGCUGGAUGGAUGAAAGAUAACAUAGCUUUAGCCAACACGCUGUAUAACAUUGGAGACUUGGUUAUGCGGUUGCUGUUCUUCGUACUAAGUAAUUGGCUACACAAGUUCGGCAGCCAGGAGCUUUAUGUACUUGGAGUCACUUUGGGCUUAGUGUCUAGGCUUGGAAUGCUCUGGUCUAAGAGCUACAUAGCUAUAAUGAUCUACAUCUCUCUAGUGGGGGCUUCGCACUGUGCUGUCACUAUUCUAGUUCCCCUAGUGGUAGGUGAUGCUGUCCCUGCUAAGAAGUUUACCUCAGCUUUAGGCAUGCUGAUGAUGUUGACUGGGAUAGUCAACUUGGUGUUGGGACCGGCUAUUUGUGCCGUCAGAGACCUGUCAGAGAGUUACGGUCCAGUAUUCUACCUGAUCGCGUCCUGUUUUGCAAUCAUCGUUCUAUUCUGGUCAAUAGAAAUGUGCUACAAGAAGAACAAACACAAGAGAUUACAGCGGAGAGAAUAUUUGAGACAGAAAAAGUUAAAUAAAUGAAUGAAUGAA